UGAUAAGCGCACUGUAACCUUGUGCUUAUGAGCAGUUCUUGCAUCACGACUUGCUUCUGUGUAUUUCAGAGGAUAAACAUUCUCAGCCUGGGAAAAGUUGCCAGGUGGAGGUCACAUGCCCAAAACAACAUGCCAGAAAGGAGGCUCUUCCAGGUUAUGAAGAGAAGAUGAAAACGGACCGGACAAACAGGUUUGAGUAUCUUCUGAAGCAGACUGAGGUCUUUGCUCACUUUAUUCAGCCAGCGGCUCAGAAGACACCAACCUCCCCUCUGAAGAUGAAACCCGGUCGCCCCCGGAUCAAAAUGGAUGAGAAACAAAACCUUCUGUCAGCUGGGGACAACCGGCACCGUCGCACAGAGCAGGAGGAAGAUGAGGAGCUGCUGAAUGAGAAUAGCAAAGCCACCAACAUCUGUACCCGCUUUGACGAAUCUCCUUCCUAUAUCAAGACUGGGAAACUGAGGGAUUAUCAGGUCCGUGGGUUGAACUGGCUCAUUUCACUCUAUGAGAAUGGAAUCAAUGGGAUCCUUGCAGAUGAAAUGGGUCUGGGGAAGACUUUGCAGACUAUCGCCUUGCUUGGAUAUAUGAAGCACUACAGGAACAUUCCUGGACCCCACAUGGUGUUGGUUCCCAAGUCUACGCUGUGCAACUGGAUGAAUGAGUUCAAACGCUGGGUACCCUCGCUUCAUGCUGUCUGCCUCAUCGGAGACCAAGAGGAAAGGACUGCAUUCAUUCGGGACGUGCUCCUGCCAGGGGAGUGGGACGUGUGUGUGACCUCUUACGAGAUGCUCAUCAGGGAAAAGGCUGUGUUCAAGCGGUUCAACUGGAGGUAUCUGGUCAUUGACGAGGCACAUAGGAUCAAGAAUGAAAAAUCAAAACUUUCAGAGAUUGUGAGAGAGUUCAAGACCACCAAUCGCCUGCUGCUUACAGGAACCCCUCUUCAGAACAACUUGCAUGAACUCUGGGCUCUGCUCAACUUCCUCCUACCUGACGUCUUCAACUCCUCUGAAGACUUUGAUUCUUGGUUUGACACCAACAACUGUCUUGGAGAUCAGAAAUUGGUUGAACGAUUGCAUAUUGUGCUCCGCCCAUUCCUGCUUCGUCGUAUCAAAGCUGACGUGGAAAAAUCUUUGCUGCCUAAAAAAGAAAUUAAGAUGUAUGUGGGACUAAGCAAGAUGCAGCGUGAAUGGUACACCAAGAUUCUCAUGAAAGACAUUGACAUUUUAAACUCAUCUGGCAAGACGGACAAGAUGCGUCUUCUCAACAUCUUGAUGCAACUACGCAAGUGUUGUAAUCACGCGUAUCUCUUCGAUGGUGCAGAGCCUGGACCCCCAUACACCACAGACCUGCACCUGGUUGUCAACAGUGGCAAAAUGGUGGUGCUGGACAAGCUGCUACCCAAAUUGAGGGAACAAGGGUCUAGAGUGCUUAUCUUUAGCCAGAUGACCAGGAUGCUGGACAUCUUGGAGGAUUACUGCAUGUGGAGGAACUAUGGAUAUUGCCGCCUCGAUGGGCAGACUGCUCACGAGGAGAGACAGAUUUCCAUCAAUGCGUACAAUGAACCCAACAGCUCCAAAUUCAUUUUCAUGUUGAGCACACGAGCUGGAGGCUUAGGUAUCAACCUGGCCACUGCUGAUGUGGUCAUCAUUUACGACUCAGACUGGAACCCCCAAGUAGAUCUCCAGGCCAUGGAUCGAGCACACAGGAUUGGUCAGAAGAAGCAGGUGCGUGUGUUCCGUUUCAUCACAGAAAACACAGUGGAGGAGAGAAUUGUGGAGAGGGCAGAGAUGAAGCUCCGACUGGAUUCUAUAGUCAUUCAGCAGGGACGGUUAGUGGACCAGAACCUGAACAAGCUCGGUAAGGACGAGAUGUUGUCCAUGAUCCGUCAUGGAGCCACGCAUGUGUUUGCGUCAAAGGAAAGCGAAAUCACAGAUGAGGACAUCAGUGUCAUACUGGAGAGGGGAGAGAAGAAGACGAUGGAGAUGAAGGAGAAGUUGUCCAAAUUGGGUGAAAGCUCCCUGAAGAAUUUCACUAUGGACACAGACAACAGUGUGUACAACUUUGAAGGCGAGGACUACAGAGAGAAGAAAAAGGUCAUCACUAAUUGGAUUGAGCCUCCUAAAAGGGAACGGAAGGCCAACUAUGCAGUGGAUGCUUACUUCAGGGAGGCCCUGCGAGUCAGCGAGCCCAAAGUGCCCAAGGCCCCUCGUCCCCCAAAGCAGCCUAAUGUCCAGGACUUUCAGUUCUUCCCUCCGCGUCUGUUUGAGCUGCUGGAGAAGGAGAUCUUGUACUACAGGAAAACUAUUGGCUACAAGGUACCCCGCAACCCUGACCUGCCCAACUCUGCUCAGGCACAGAAGGAGGAGCAGAGUAAGAUAGAUGAGGCAGACCCACUGACAGAGGAGGAGCUUGAGGAAAAGGAAAACCUUCUGUCACAGGGAUUUACUAUUUGGAACAAGCGAGAUUUCAACCAGUUCAUCAAGGCUAAUGAAAAAUGGGGUCGAGAUGACAUUGACAACAUUGCUCGAGAAGUCGAGGGCAAAACCCCAGAGGAGGUUAUGGAGUAUUCCGCUGUGUUUUGGGAAAGGUGCAAUGAGCUGCAGGACAUUGAAAGGAUCAUGGCCCAGAUUGAGAGGGGCGAAGCCAGGAUCCAGAGGAGGAUAAGCAUUAAGAAAGCACUGGAUUCUAAGAUCGGCCGCUACAAGGCCCCUUUCCACCAGCUGAGGAUCUCCUAUGGAACCAACAAGGGAAAGAACUACACAGAGGAAGAGGACCGCUUCCUCAUCUGCAUGCUCCACAAACUAGGAUUCGACAAAGAGAGCGUCUACGAUGAGCUCAGGCAAUGCAUUCGCAACUCCCCGCAGUUCCGAUUUGACUGGUUUCUCAAGUCCAGGACUGCCAUGGAGUUGCAGAGGAGAUGCAACACCCUGAUCACACUCAUAGAGCGAGAAAACAUGGAGCUGGAGGAGCGGGAGAAGGCUGAGAAGAAGAAACGUGGCCCUCGGACAUCUUCGGCUCAGAAACGCAAGGCAGAUGGCACCACAGAUGGCCGGGGUCGGAGAAAGAAACUGAAGAUAUGAAACAAAUGCCAGAAGGUGCCAUGCGUCUCAGCUUUAGUAAAAUAGCGGUAAGGACAGUAGAGCCAUCAGGUCCGUUUUACGGAUUGUAAUGACGUACUGUAUAAAUCCUAGUGCUUCAGUUGUCAUACCGGGGCACGUAGUACAGGUCUGUCUCCUAGUGAUGAAAACACCAACUGUGCUGAACAUUUUUAACCUUUUUUUUUUAAAACCAUGAAUACCUAAGAUUAUACUGCUUUUAAUACUUUUAUUUAUACCUCUUUUGGUCAGCUAAUGCAUUCCAUUGCUUGUAACAUGUAUUGUUUUGUAAAAGUUUCAUUAUUACAUAAUUGGGCUACAAUAUGUAUUCAUAUCA